GUUGUGCGGGGAGGGCGGGCGAGUCCCAGCGCCGGCUCUGAGGGUCGGCUUCUUCUCCCCCUCCCGUGCGGGGCGGGGUGGUGCGUUCCGAGUUCCCAGGAGUUCGAGGCGGGCGGGUGCCUGGGGGAGGGGAGUGGCGGCGGCGGCGGCGGCGGCGGCGGCGGGCGGCUCCCGCCUCAGCCUCGGCAGUGGCGUCGGCGACGGCGGAGUCGAGGCAGCCGUGAGCGCUCCGCUCAGUGUCAGCCCGCGGCGACGGCUCAAGAACUGGGAGUUGGGGACCCGCGCGCCGGACCCUCCGCCGUCGCCGCCGCUGCUGCCGCCGCCCAGAGCCUAAGGCGCCGGGGCCGGGGGAGCCGGGGGGGCGGGCGAGCCAGCGGGCCGGGGGGAGGGUGGGGGAUGGCGCGGACCCCGGGGCCGGCCCCGCUGUGUCCCGGAGGCGGCAAAGCACAACUUUCCUCCGCCUCUCCCCCCGGGGCCGGACUCCUGCUGCCGCCCCCGACGCCACCACCGCUACUGCUGCUGCUUUUCCCGCUGCUGCUCUUCUCCCGGCUCUGUGGUGCCUUAGCUGGGCCAAUUAUUGUGGAGCCACAUGUCACAGCAGUAUGGGGAAAGAAUGUUUCAUUGAAGUGUUUAAUAGAAGUAAAUGAAACUAUAACACAGAUUUCAUGGGAGAAGAUCCAUGGCAAAAGUUCACAGACUGUUGCAGUUCAUCAUCCUCAGUAUGGAUUCUCUGUUCAAGGAGAGUAUCAGGGAAGAGUCUUAUUUAAAAACUAUUCACUUAAUGAUGCGACAAUUACUCUACAUAACAUAGGAUUCUCUGAUUCUGGAAAAUACAUAUGCAAAGCUGUUACAUUCCCACUUGGAAAUGCUCAGUCCUCUACAACUGUAACUGUAUUAGUUGAGCCCACUGUGAGCCUGAUAAAAGGGCCAGAUUCUUUAAUUGAUGGAGGAAAUGAAACGGUAGCAGCCAUCUGCAUCGCAGCCACUGGAAAACCAGUCGCACAUAUUGACUGGGAAGGUGAUCUUGGUGAAAUGGAAUCCACUACAACUUCUUUUCCAAAUGAAACGGCAACAAUUGUCAGCCAGUACAAGCUGUUUCCAACCAGAUUUGCUAGAGGAAGGCGGAUUACCUGUGUUGUGAAACAUCCAGCCUUGGAAAAGGACAUCCGAUAUUCUUUCAUAUUAGAUAUACAGUAUGCUCCAGAAGUUUCGGUAACAGGCUAUGAUGGGAAUUGGUUUGUAGGAAGAAAAGGUGUUAAUCUCAAGUGUAAUGCUGAUGCAAAUCCACCACCCUUCAAAUCUGUGUGGAGCAGGUUGGAUGGACAGUGGCCUGAUGGUUUAUUGGCUUCAGACAAUACUCUUCAUUUUGUCCAUCCCUUGACUUUCAAUUAUUCUGGUGUUUAUAUCUGUAAAGUGACCAAUUCCCUUGGUCAAAGAAGUGAUCAAAAGGUCAUCUACAUUUCAGAUGUCCCGUUUAAGCAGACCUCUUCUGUAGCCGUAGCUGGAGCUGUAAUUGGAGCUGUUCUUGCUCUCUUCAUUAUCGCUGUCUUUGUGACCGUCCUGCUGACACCUCGAAAAAAGAGACCAUCCUAUCUUGACAAAGUGAUCGACCUUCCACCCACACAUAAACCACCUCCCAUGUAUGAAGAACGAUCCCCACCCUUGCCUCAAAAAGAUCUAUAUCAGACUGAACACUUGCCUUUGCAGACUCAGUUCAAAGAAAGAGAAGUUGGCGGUCUCCAGCACUCUAAUGGACUAAAUAGCAGGAGAUUGGACUAUGAAGAUGAGAAUCCCGUGGGGGAAGAUGGGAUUCAGCAGCUGUACCCCCUUUACAGUCAGAUAUGCUACCAAGACCGGAGUCCUGGCAAACAUCAUGAAAGCAACGAGCCCGAGGGAGUCUACAUCAACCCGCGAGAACACUACGUGUGAUUUCCCUCUUUCCAGUGGAUGUCCUGACAAAUGUUUAAUCUUAGACUGGGGAGAGAAACUGAGGCCAAUGGUUAUGAUUUUAUUCUCUUGUAUAAAAUAAUCCCAGUUUAUCUGUAUCAGAAGUCGUGAUGAAUGGCUUGGAGCCAAUAGCAAAUUUCUUUCCUUCCUUAAGAGUUUCUUAGCCACCAGGUGUGUCUGGGAACUUGACAAUAGCUUUGUGUGUCUCUGUGAUGGUAGUGUUUAACUGCUAACAUUUGGCCUACAACGGCUCGUUCAUUUAAACGUAGAGCAUCUGCCUGUGAUGGCAGCAGUGAUUCUCCAGAAGGAAAGGCCUCGGCUGGGAAUGUUAACCUUGCUGGGGCUUAGGGAGGUCAGCCUAUUCAGCUGUAACUCAAAUGAGCAGAAAAAGGAGUUCAGAAUCCAUCUCACUAAUUAUUUCAUUGGGAUUUGGCUUUCCCUGAUAAGCUUAAUGUAAUUACAGUACCUGUGUAAACAGGAGGCCUGAGGAAAGAGGCAAAAUUUGCUCUUUAUCCAAAACAACAACAAUAACAACAAGAACAAAAAGCAGUUGAAGCCCUCGAGCCUCUUGGUUGCUUUGAAAGUCUUGUGAUAACUGUAAUCAGUGUUCUUUCUUGAUCAUUAAGUUCGUGAGGGAUACAUGUUUUACGCCAUUCUCUGCCUAGUCUUGAUUAGCUGCGUGCUCGCCAAGGUUCUGCUCUCACUCUGUUGUUCCUACAGUUCUGUUCUUUCCUAGCCAGAUUAGCCUAUUUCCCACCUAUGAAAUUCUAAAAGCCUUGGCUAAGUGGUGGACAGCCUUGAGCCCUGUCCUUCUUUUCUGUAGUAUUGCAUAUGACAAGCUCAGCUUUCACUUCUGAAAUUCCUUUCAAACUAAUCCUAACGACACAGGCUUUGGCCACCCUCUGCUUCUUCAGACUACUUCUCCUCCAUGUUUUAUCUACCUCAGAAAAGCCUGCUGGAAAAUCACCAUGAAAUAACUCCUGCUCUUAAAAGCCAGGUAGAAAAUGUGAAUUUUUUUUUUUUUAAGUGCCACUUCAAUAUGGCAUAUAUGCUAAACCUUCAUGUUGUCCUUUAUCCCCCCCCUCCCUCUUUUACCUGGUCAAGAACAAGAGUCAAGGGAUGCUAAAAAGCAAAUAAUAUAGUGACUGACUUACCAGUGCAACACUUUGGUGCCUGCAAAUAUCUAUCUUGAGUUUUCUCAGUCCCCUUUGCCAGCGUAGCCUCACUGAGAUUGAAGGUAGUAAUUAUAGCAGGGUGAGCAGAGGAGGGGGCCCAGGUACGCGCGCAAAUGUCGAUCACUCUCCUCACAUCUUAAGGAAGGCAUUGUUUUACCGUGUGUUCUGGAAGAUGAGAGGUAUGAAAAACACUGCAGACUUGUCGUAUAUUAGGAAAGAAUGACAUAAGUACUAAUAAAAGAGUACACGUUUCCACCCUAAGUUUCAGCGGGGACAGGAGAAUAUGAACCUAGAUUUCUAAUGAGAUACCAAAGACACCUUGUGAUUCAUGUUGUGCCGGCUCCGGUUCCGGCUCGUGUGUGUGUUCCCUUGUUUUAGUCACCACGCUCUUUCAGGCACGUUUUCCAGGUGGUUCCACAGUAGUCACACGGUCUGCCCCUAUUGCCUGGGGGACUGACAGUUCUGGGAAAAAAGAUGCUUAAACUCUAACUCAGCACUUUAGCAACUGAAAAGGCUCUAGGGUUAUAUGGAAUUCAAGGGUAAAUCCCAAGGACCCUCCUUGCUGUAUCACUGCACUACCUCAGAGUUUACUGCCCUUUGUUGCAAGAUGGCACGGAAAGAACAUAUUUGAUUAUUACCUGGAAUCCCAUCAGUGAAUUAGUGUAGCUGAAGGUGGAGGAAUCCUUGCAAUUGUUUCCCAACAGAAAGAUGGCUGUGGUUGGAGUUCUCCUUCAGAAUAAAGUGUUUUUAUAAAUACUGGAUGUUACAAAGGAAGAGAUAUGGUGGUAUGUCAGCUCCUUUAGAAAGCUUUAAAGAUGGCUUACACACUAGGGAUGGUUUCUAGGGUCCUGCUGGGAAGUGGGUUGCUUAAUUAGUAUCACAAAAACUUAUCUUGGACCUUGGAGGGGGGAGUAAAGAGGUCUUCAUUUGCACUAGAUUUGGAAGGGCUGGGUUUUCGGUGCCUUUUGGCCUGUCUUCAGAGCCCUCCCUACCAAGAAGAACCCACUAUAAAAUUUUUAACAUUUUGAUGUAGUUAUGGAAAAGAAAUUUCACGGUGUAGACCUACCUCUCGUAUAGCCAGCUAGUUCACUAUCCUCUUUGCUUCUCUGUCAGCUACAAUAGUUCUCGAACAGACUGGUAGAUUUUAUAGCUAUUGGCCCUUUACAUGGGUCGGAUAAGCUAGAUAAUUGUUUAUCCUGGUGACUCCCAUCUGUUCUCUCUGAAUACUGAGUGAGACAGAGAAGAGCUUUAAAAGGGUUUGAUCAGCCAGCCCCCUCAAACAAAAAAUGCCAUCCGAAAUUAGCCUGUUGAUUUCUAAAUUUGGAGCUUAGACGACUUGAUGAUGGCUCUUUAAAUUUGGAAGUUAGACUCGUAGAGUUCAGCGAGUGAUAUAAUCCACAGCUGAUACUAGAUACUCUUCCCAUAACUGGUUUACUAGAACACAUGGAAACAGAAAGAAAUCCCCAGAGUGCUUAUCCGCUUAAGGUCGAAGCUUAAUGUUUCGGGGGGGGGGGGGGGUUGGAGUGUGUGUGCUCCCUCUCAGCCCAUGGUGGCCCAUUUCAGAAUUGCAGCCAUGGUGGCCUGUUUCGUAGGCAGCCGAGGCUCCAGGGUCACCAACCUUUGCACACCAAGCCAAAGUACAGCCUCUGGGCCGUCCAGGAUUGGCCCGGCAUAAUGGGAUAUGAAUUGACAUUAAUUCUUAAACGGCAGUGAUUUGUUGCCUCUUCUGUGAGGGUUCUCCUAUCCUUGGCCUUCUUAUAUUUUCUAAGUUUGAAGAAGUCCAUGCUUUUUGGACUUGUAGUAUAAAAUUCUUACCUGUGACAGACCUCCUUGUAACACACACAUGGUAGAUACUAAAGAAAUAAACGCCCUCUAAACUAAAUAAGCUGGUUCCUCAUAAAUCUUUUAGGGCCUCAUUUACUCACAGGAUAGCACAAUUUCUUCGUCCAUGUUUUGGAGAUGAUUUCCUAAAUGCUCUUCCAUAGUAGUCUAAAAUUGACUUUUGCUUUUCAUUGUACACUCUUUGCCUGCACUGGGCUGGCCCUUCUGGUACUAUUCUUUUUUUUUUUUCCUUUACAUUUUUUAUUGUUAAGUUAGUCACCAUACGUUACAUCAUUAGUUUUUGAUGUAGUGUUCCAUGACUCAUUGUUUGUGCAUAACACCCAGUGCUCCACGCCGAACGUGCCCUCUUUAAUACCCAUCACCGGGCUAACCCAUCCCCCCACCCCCCUCCGGCACUAUUCUUUACAUACAAUAGAGCCUUCCUUCAAGGCUCUUAUUCCCUGGGGUGUCGAGGACAGACCAUCCAGCAAGAACCAAAAGAACAGAUUCUACUCCCAACUUCCCCCAUUCUGGCCGCGAAAACCUGAACAAGUCACCUAACCUCGCUAGGGCAUCAGCUGUCCAUUAUCCAUAAAGCGGAGAUUUUACCUUUCCUGUCAGCUUCUCAGAAAUGUGAGAGUUAAACAAGAUAAUAAUACAUGGGAAAUUGUAAGUUCUCUUCAAACUGAAAAGGCCUAUGACUCUAUUAUUAUUAAAUGUUGAACCUAAACUAAAUGCAUGUUGUCAUAACCAGUGGGUGCCCUUGGUUUACAGAUCACUACUAAUACAGCUACGUUAUUGAGUUUGUGAUAUGGACAGGAUUCCCGGGCAAGUCCCCUACAUGAAUCCCUUCACGGACUAGGACCAGACCCCUGUGUUGUCCCCUUUCCAGGAGCCCCUGUGGGGAUGGAAAGGCUCACACUCCUGUGCUGCACACCCACAGACCAUGCUAGUCACCAACCAGCUGUUACUUCUUUAAAACCUGCUUCUGGGUAGAGGAGUUAGGGAAUACAUUUUCCUGACUGUUUUUGAACGGAGGUCUAAGAAAAUACAUAAGAAAAAAGCCCAUAAGAAAUGUUCAUUAAAAUGAAGCACAUAGGCUCAUUUUUACUCGGUUUUUGAACUUCUCAAAAUGCUCAGAAAGGCUUAUAUCUGUUAGAUAACCAUAGCUGCAAAAACAAUCCAAUAAUUAAAGCCACUGCAUCCCAGUUGGUUCAAAAUAAUUUGGGCACAAACUUCUCUCUUAACACCUUCACCUCAGUUCUUUGGUACACCGAUCACUCUGUUUGGUGUGUCCCACCUUUACUGAACUCCCAGGGAGAGGCGGAGAGAUGGAAAACUAGCUAGCUUUGGUAGAAAACCAGAAGAAGACUAGGAAGAGUGUGAAGUAGAAAUGUCAAGGCCCCCCACCAGGGGCUCAGUUGUGUGCUUAACUGACAAGGUUCUUCAUCCUUGGACUCUUUGCUGAUCUUCUAGGAGGACCAGGGACUUCAGUUCUUCUGAUAAACCAAAAACUGCUAUCAGCAAGCCUAUUCAACUAUAGAUGCUGCCUGGAUUAAUUUUAUUAUACCUCUAAGGAAUUUAUAUUUCCUCCAUUAAAGAAAAUUGUGAACUGGACUUGGCCGAUUUGGUCCCUUGCAGGGAUUAGGUGGUUCUGGUAGCCUUCAGGAGGUAGAGGUGGGUGAGGGCUGUAGCUCUUGUGCGACCCCCACUCCCAACCUCACCAGGUGAUUCUUUACACUGAAAUCAGCUUUUGACCAAUUUCUACAUCAUUCAUCUUGAUAAGCAAGCAGGCAUCCUGUCCUGUAAGCUUGAAAAUGUCCCAGAUCUGUUCUUUAGGGAACUCAACAAUAUCUUAUGCAAAAGGUUUAUUAGAAGCAAAUCCAAUAAUAUUCCAGUAUAUUUAGUGUCAGGCAACCCAAUUCUGUUUAACUGCUAGACACAGAAGAGGUUAGUCAUCUAGGGAUCCAGGGCUCGUGGGCUUGCUAGAGUCUCAUACCCUAUUGAUGGAAGGGCUGGAGUGCCCUGCAGUAUUUGGCCAGUCCCAGUCCACGUACCUUUAACACUACUAAUUUGUCCAUUGAAAAUAAUCAUUUAUUAACAGAGUCUCUGGUGUUAAACUACAAAUAAAGCUCUUGUGGUAGAAGCCUCUGAAGAGACUAGAGUUUUUCAAAUGCUAACAACCUUUGGAGGAUGUUAUUCCCCCAACAGGAUUCUUCAAAUGUUUACUAACCACUCCCAGAGUGUUUAUUAAGACUAAUUAAAGAUUGCCAAAAUAAUUUAAAUUACAUAGAAUGUAACAGAAUUUGUUAAGGAUUCCUCAGGAUAUCACACCUUCUGGCAUUUCUCCUUAGUGAUGACCUUUCCUUUCUUGGCGGGGAGAGGGCAGGGUCGGUAUGUGAGAGAGACAGACAGAGGGGGAGAAGGGUCCACUUAAAAAUCGCAGUUAAAAUUUUUUUCCAUUCACACGCGCAAAAGAACCCUCACAUCUGCAAACAUUUCACUCAGACCCAUUUUAUCAUACUUUCUUUAACAUUAUCUCUGCAAAAAAGGUUGGGAGGGGAACAGAAAGGUCAUAUUUACCUUGAUGGUCAAAAUACAUAAAACAUUAGGUUUAUUUCUACUGUAUUUUCAUUACUAGGUUAGUUAUUCUCAAGUUUCAGUUUGAUUGUGGUGCCAAGUAAACUAGAAUGAAAGAGAAUGUCAAAACCUAAGAUGCCGCUACAUACUGUUUUAUCAUACAGUAUCAACUGAGAGCAUGAUGUGGGAGUUCCUUCUACAUUCCAGGGAGAAGGGAAACCGCCAGGAAUAAAUAAAAGGAUUCUUCAUGUCAUCACUUGGGAAUAGCUCCCUUCUAUUGGUCCAUUCCCAAGAAUUUUCUAAUCAGUGUUUGGGGUCUAAGGACAUGAUAUGUAUCGAGUUACAUACCUCCCUGCACCAAAAAGAACUAGCUAUAUUCUGUAUUCUUUACCAAACAGUUGCCCUCUUGAAGUUUUUUCCCAGCAGGAUCCUUGGUAUCAUAGCCUACACUGGUUGUAUUUAUCAUCAUGACAUGGGAUUGAACUGUGACAGUCAAUUAGAGGACACCUAGAGGGAAGACCUCCCUGGGAAUCCAGAACAUCAGAUUUGCCACACUGGCUUAGAACUGUGACCCAUCCUGCUACAACUAUGUCUGACAGCCAUGAAGGGAUGUUUUAUGAGUCUCCUCCAGAGGUUAGGAAUAACCUCAAACAUCCCUAAUGUCCCAUAAUAACUCACAAUAGAUCUAUGUAGUGCAGGGUCACACAGGAUUUUCCAAGUAACAGGGUGUCACUGCUUUUGGUUUUUAAUAAUGUUUCCAGUAAUGACCAGUAUUUUUCCUUAAAUUAGCACAUUGAUCAGGCUAAAUUAAAUUCCUCUCUCAAGUCAUGUUGAUAGCUCAGUGUCCCUCGUAUUUUGACCACAGACAGCAGUAUUUUGUCCUACAUGCGGUAGUUUGCACUUACCCACACUGUGGCUCAGUUAUGCCUCUGCUUUUUCAUGCAGUCUUAUGAGAACCUAUUGCAUAUUUCAAUACCCAGAAGAGCAUUUGUCAUCUUAGGUUUUGUUGUGUACUUGAAAUUCCAAGUCCUUUGUAAAAAAAAAAAAAAAAAAAAAGUUAAGUAGCUGGUGUGGCUACUGGAUCCCUGGAUUAUUCCAUUUGUCCAUCCAGAAAAGUUCCUGUUUAUCCUCUACCUUCUGUUUCUGUUUCUAAGCCAGUGCUUUAAGACAUAACAUCUGCUCCAGCCUAUUCCCUCUCUAUGCAGUCUUAACGUCUUCACUUCUGGACUCCUCAGUCUCACCCUGUAAGUUCAUACUCUACCUCACAGGGCUUCAUGGAGGGAAAAAUAAGAUACUUAAAGGUUGUCUUCAAGAGAGGUCCUACUUUUAAAGUGAUUUUAUAAAAGCCCCUAGGCUUAGAAAUGAGAAACUCUAUAGCUCUAAUUCUUUUCCUAUUCUUGUUUUGCUAUUUUUAUUUCUGGAAAGUGAUCUCUGUCUGAAUAGGCUUACUCUGGUUUUAACUUUCUUCCCAUUAACCCUUUUCACACUGAAAUUGUCCUCUAUCUUAUCCAUGCUCAGAACUUUUUACUUACAGAGCCAAAACUAAUUCUCCCACAGCAAAUCCCACCUACGUUUACUCCCAUCAUUAAACAAAUGAAUGUAUUCCAUAAACAAGCAUUCAGCUCUGCACAUAAGUCAGAAGCUAGUGAGACUUCACUCUGACCCUGAGAAGAUCUGACCAUGUGCCUUGGUUUCCCUGCAUAAACUGAGAUUAAUUCUGCUAUUUCACAGCACCUGGGGGUCAUGAGUCUUGAUUAAUAAAUGUUGGAAAGCAUCUUGCAAAUGUCCCAUACUGUAUAAACAUGUAACGAAUAAUCUGGAGAGUCUUCAAGUAGAAAUGUAUUCUUGUGCAGCUCAGUUCAGAAUACUAAUCUACCCAUUGUUUUCAAAUAAAAUGUUUUACUAACCUGUUUUCUCCUUUUUUUCUUUUAAAAAUAUUUUUAGUAAAAAUUAGUUUCUAGGAAUUUGAACUAUGUAUAGGAAGAAACCAAUAGUAUAUAUUCUUGCUUGUCAGAAAAUGCUCAAGUUGUAUUUUAAGUGUUAAAACUAAAAGGGUUGCAUAACAAUGUAGUGGGGUAAGGAGGAGCAUUUUUAGCUCAAAUGUGGCAAAAUAUAGAAAUACAAAAAUUAGCUUUGAUUUUGAGAUUAUAUUAUAAAUAGUAGAGUUAAUGUGGUUGUUAUAGAUAUUCUUUAUUUUUAAGUUACCAGAAAUUAUCUUUUAUUUUUGAACUGUAUGGUUCUUGACAUGUUUUGAAUAAAGUUUUUAUCACCUAAA